AUGUCUGACACCAUCAGCGAGUUCAUAUUCUUCAAGGUCAAGCCCACCGUCAAACCGGAAGAUCCUUCCAACGCGGAAGGCGAGGCCCUGCUCCAUGCUCUCCGCACUGUGUCUCUUCAAAGCGGCUACAAGAGCUCUGCCUGGGGACGCAGCGUCGAAGACGAGAAUAUUUUGGUUUGGGUUAUCGAGUGGACCGACGCCCGCUGCUCUAUAAGCCCCGACCGCCUAACCCCCUUCCUGGACCCCAGCAACCCGCAACCGCCGACAGCGCUGUACACAACGCUAACGCCACCAAUCUCCAGCACGGAUACUCUAACCGAGAACCCCGUGACAGAGUUGUGCAUCCUGCCGUUCGCGAGCUCGCUGGCCCCGGCAGAGACAAAGCAAUUGUACAGCGACCUGAUCAGCUUCCGCACGACGCUGGUUGAGCAGCUGCCGCAAACCGUGCGCCCGCGGUCCUGGGCAAUGGGCCAUGUUGAUCGACCGAGUACGGUGAAGCAUGGCAAGAGCCCCUCCGGGAUGGCGGUGCUGCAUUUGCUGGCUGUUGGGUGGGAGAGUGUCGAGGCGCAUAUGAAUGCGAAGCAGACGGAGGAGUUUGGGAGGAGUAUUGCGCCUCUUCGGGAGAAGGGCCUCGGGCCUGUUCCUGGGUUGGAGUUGAAGCAUGUUAGAUUUCGGAAGAUUUGA